CAGCGUCUAACGGGGCUGGUUGAGUCCCUUAUGUUCUCUCACCAGCCCACUUGGGACGAUUGUCAACAGCUUCUUCAGACUCUCUUUACUACAGAGGAAAGGGAGCGGAUCCUCUUGGAGGCCCGGAAGAACGCCCCUGGCCCCGACGGCCGGCCGACUCUACUCCCUCAUUUGGUGGAUGCGGCCUUUCCUCUGGCCAGGCCGGACUGGGACUUCAACACGGCAGAAGGUAGGGAGCACCUGAAGGUCUACCGCCAGACACUAGUGGCCGGCCUCAGAGGGGCAGCUCGGCGCCCCACGAAUUUGGCUAAGGUAAGAGAGGUCAUACAGGGGCCCACUGAACCGCCUUCUGUUUUUCUCGAGCGAUUAAUGGAGGCGUUCAGACGGUACACCCCGUUUGACCCCACCUCGGAGGGGCAGAGGGCCUCAGUAGCUAUGGCUUUCAUAGGGCAGUCAGCAUUAGAUAUUAAGAAAAAGCUGCAGAGACUUGAGGGAUUGCAGGACUUUACCCUCCAAGAUUUAGUUAAGGAAGCAGAGAAAGUGUACCAUAAGAGGGAGACCGAGGAGGAAAAGGAGCAGCGGAAGGAGAGAGAGAGAGAGGAGAAGGAGGAGAAAAAGGAAAAAAGGGAAGAGCAGAGACUAACCCGUAUCUUGGCCGCAGCAAUAGAAGGGAGUAAGCCACAAGAGAGAGGAAAAGGAAGACAGGCAGGGGCCCUGGGCAACAGGCCACCGUUAAGGAAGAAUCAAUGUGCUUAUUGCAAGGAAGAAGGACAUUGGAAGCGGGAGUGCCCAAAGAGACUAGCAAAGAAGGCGCUGGCACUCCAGGAAGAUAGUGAUUGAAGAAGUCGGGGCUCGGAUCCCCUCCCCGAGCCUAGGGUAACUCUUAAGGUGGAGGGGAAGCCUGUUAACUUUCUGGUAGACACAGGGGCCCAAUAUUCAGUUCUUAAGAAACCACUAGGACCAGUCUCCCAGAAGACCUCCUGGGUGAUAGGGGCAACGGGAAAUGAGCAAUAUUCCUGGACCACCACCCGGACAGUUGAUCUAGGCACGGGAAGAGUGACUCAUUCCUUCUUAGUAAUACCCGAGUGUCCAGCCCCCCUUCUGGGAAGAGACUUGCUAACUAAAAUGGGGGCUCAGAUCACUUUCACCCCACGGGGGCCGACCCUGACCCAACAUGGAGAGCCAAUUACUCUCUUGACACUCCAGCUCGAAGACGAGCAUCGGCUGUUUGAGAGUAAUGUCCGAAAGGACGAGAGGAUAGCGGGAUGGUUACAGCAAUACCCCAAAGCUUGGGCUGAAACUGCGGGGAUGGGCUUAGCUACCGAACGGCCCCCCGUGAUAGUAGAGCUUAAGUCCACUGCAACCCCGAUUGCAGUACGACAGUACCCCAUGGCAAAAGAAGCCUGGAGGGGGAUCAAGGUUCAUGUCCAACGCCUCCUACGCCUUGGAGUCCUCGUUAAGUGCCACUCCCCGUGGAACACCCCACUCCUCCCGGUAAAAAAGCCCGGAACUGAUGACUACCGACCGGUGCAGGAUUUAAGAGAAGUCAACAAGAGGGUACAGGAUAUUCAUCCCACGGUCCCCAAUCCUUACAAUCUCUUAAGCUCUAUCCCUCCGUCCCAUGUGUGGUAUUCAGUCCUAGACUUAAAAGAUGCCUUCUUCUGCUUAAGACUGCAUCCUGCCAGCCAGAAUAUUUUCGCCUUCGAGUGGAGAGACCCAGAUUCGGGAAUAACGGGGCAGCUGACUUGGACUCGACUUCCGCAAGGAUUCAAAAAUUCCCCCACUAUCUUCGAUGAGGCUCUUCAUCAAGACCUGGCUGCUUUCCGUGCUGACCACCCGCAAGUCACCCUUCUCCAGUACGUGGAUGACCUUCUCCUCGCCGGAGCUACUAAGGAGGACUGUGAAACAGGUACCGGGGCCUUGCUUUUAGAGCUCUCCCGCCUAGGAUACCGGGUCUCGGCCAAGAAGGCCCAGAUAUGUCAGCGGAGAGUGACCUAUUUAGGAUACGCACUAGAAGGGGGAAGGAGGUGGCUCACUGAAGCCCGAAAAAGCACAGUCACCCAGAUUCCCAGACCGCAGACCCCCCGGCAGGUACGCGAGUUCCUGGGAACAGCUGGAUUCUGCCGCCUCUGGAUUCCAGGUUUUGCAACCCUAGCGGAGCCCCUAUACCCGCUGACAAAACAAGGGAACCCCUUCGAGUGGGGGGAGACUCAUCAGAAAGCCUUUGACGACAUUAAAAAGGCUCUUCUCUCGGCGCCGGCAUUGGCCUUACCAGAUGUGGCCAAGCCCUUCACUCUGUUCAUAGAUGAAAGAAAGGGAGUAGCCAGGGGGGUCCUAACUCAAACCUUAGGCCCCUGGAAGAGGCCGGUAGCCUAUUUAUCCAAGAGACUAGACCCAGUGGCUAGGGGGUGGCCAGGCUGUCUAAGAGCAAUUGCAGCUACUGCCCUGCUUGUAAGAGAUGCGGACAAACUUACCUUGGGGCAGAAACUAACUGUGGUGGCCCCACACACUCUCGAGAGUGUUAUCCGGCAGCCACCGGACCGGUGGCUAUCCAACGCCCGGAUGACUCACUACCAGAGUCUCCUGCUAAGUGAAGAUCGAAUCCGCUUCGGGGCUCCGGUAGCUCUCAACCCAGCAACCUUACUACCGGAAGUAAAUCCUGAGAGCAAAGAAGUCCUACACUCAUGCCGUGACAUUCUGGCAGAGGAAACAGGGCCGAGGAGAGACCUCAAAGAUUCCCCCUUGCCAGAGCCUCAACUCACCUGGUACACGGAUGGAAGCAGCUACCUCUAUGAAGGUAAGAGGGUGGCGGGAGCGGCUGUGGUCAGCAAGGACCGGACUAUCUGGGCUAGUAGCUUGCCCGAAGGGACUUCGGCCCAGAAGGCUGAAUUAAUUGCUCUGACACAGGCUCUCAGGCUGGCAGAGAACAGCCGGGCUAAUAUUUAUACUGACAGUCGUUAUGCUUUUGCCACUGCUCAUGUGCACGGGGCUAUAUACCGUCAGAGAGGUCUCCUCACCUCAGCAGGAAGGGAAAUUAAAAAUAAAAAGGAAAUCCUCGACCUCCUAGAAGCCAUUCAUGCCCCCCAGGAGGUAGCUAUCAUCCAUUGUCCCGGCCACCAGAAAGGGACCUCGGAAACAGCUAUAGGAAACAGGAAAGCGGAUGCCGAGGCAAGGCAGGCCGCUCUAGGGCCCCGGCUACUCGCCCUCGCUGUUGGCCCCGCAGCACCACAGCCAGAGACCCUCCACUACACCCUAGAGGAGGAAAAAGACCUGCUUAAAAGGCCAGAAAAAUACCAUAAGGACAAACUAGGAGUGUGGAGAACUGCAGGGGAAAAAAUGGUAGUACCAAGGGCGGCAGCCACUGCCUACCUCCAACAACUGCAUCGCCUUACCCACCUGGGGGCCAAACACCUCAGCUCCACCAGCCGGGCAACGGGACACUAUGUCAAAGGACUCGAUCGCCUUUCAGAAGAAGUAGUUAAGCAAUGCAAGGCGUGUCAGCUGGUAAAUGUACAUUCAUCCCAGGUCGGGACCGGACACAGACUCAGGGGAGACCGGCCCGGGAGUUACUGGGAGGUGGAUUUUACAGAAGUGAAGCCCGCCCGAUACGGUUAUAAAUAUCUUUUAGUUUUCAUAGAUACCUUCUCAGGUUGGGUAGAAGCCUUCCCUACCAAAAGAGAAACUGCAACUGUGGUCGCCAAGAAUCUUAGAAGACAUCUUUCCACGGUUUGGAAUUCCUAA